AUGCAAAGAAAACACGAUUUGCCACCUCCGAUUUUUGCUGUCAACGCUCAACCAGACGGAAGACCUCCAGCUCAAACUCCCCCUCCUAACGUGGAACAAGCUCAGAACCCGCCUUCAAGUCCUGCUCAUAAUCCCUCCAUCAUUGACCUUACCACCCAAAACCCCCAUUACCCCACAGCCUCCUAUCAAACACCACCCCCUCCUCAAAAUACCAACCUCCAAGCAUCACUCCCUCCCCCCAAUGCAAAUCACCAAACUGGCCUACCCCCUCACAACCAAUACGCUAAAAACCCACACACUUCCAUCAUUCACCAAAACCAGUAUACCAGCCCCCAGACUUUCCCCCACAACUAUCACGCCUCUUUAAAUGUCCAGAGUCCCUCUAUUGCUCCACCACUACCGCAAAAGGCCACUUUCCAAAUACCUGUCCCCAACGAGCAUGACGCCCAUGGUUCGGAGCUCGACUACUAUGAGGAGAGGGAAAGAGAGUAA